AUGAGCAUUGAAGCUACCUUCAGGGGAUAUAUCGAAUCAACCCAAGACACACUUCUCAUAUUCGAAGCCUGCAGAAGAGGACUUGUGCCAAAAAUAUGCAGGCGACUACAAGAGAAAGAACGUAAAAUUGUUCAGUCGGGGAGUGUAUUCGUGUUUGACGAACGAGAAUCUGGAAUUAAGCGUUGGACUGACGGCUUGGUCUGGAGUCCAUCCCGCAUUCUUGGAAAUUUUUUGAUUUAUCGCGAAUUAGAUAAGCGAGCCCCCGCUGGUAAAAAAGAAACUGUACCUGUAGAGAGACAACGCAGCAAUAGCAUGGAUACCGAGUCUCAAGCAGAGAAAAACAAGGAACGAGCUCUCGUUGGAAGUUUAACGAAUUCAUAUCGAUUCAAGAAGGGUGGUCUCAUUAAGAAAACAAUGUCAAUUGUUGUCAAUGGUGUUGCUCAGCACAUGAUCAGUUAUUAUACAAAGGAAGAUGUAUUAGCUGGGAAACUGAAAACACCAUCUACAACGCCGAAUCUAGCAAUGCUCGAAAUUUCACCCGACUUUUUGGUAAAGCAAAACUUCAGGAUACCCCCUCAGAUAGAACCCGUAUAUGACCAGAAUGAAUCCCAAAAAAUCGAUUAUGGAAAGCAUCCGAAUGGUAUUCCUUCUAGGAUGAGCAGUAUUGGAAGUACGAACAGUCCAACGAGGCUAUCAACCCACGGGAUAGAGUAUGUUCAUGGUCCGAUAAAGUUGGAGACCGAUAACACCAAUACAAUGGUUCCAGAUGGAUAUCGGCAACCAAUUGCUACGACAGCAUAUACGAGCAGUCCGCCACAGUCUUUUGCUCCACUUCAUUCAAGUUUUGGAUAUGGAGCAUCCCAUUCUUCAAAUGGCGGACAUGAAGCAACUUCGCUGCCUAUCCCGUCUGUUCGCCAAUUUCCGACUCCUCAUCGGCAAGCAUCCUAUCAUGAGUUUCCACCCGUCUCACCACACAUAAAUCCCCCACACGGACGACCGCGUAUGAGAUCGGCACCCGCUAUUCAACAAACAACACCGCAAUCCCUGAUACCGACUAUAACAGCUUCAAGUCAAACCGCUCCUCAUCACAUCGGUGCUGCCAAUUCAGACCUUAAUUACUACGCACACUCUAUACACAACGUAACAUCGCCAAAUAGUUGGACAGAUCAUCCAUUCACGCCAUAUCAAUCAUCGCAAGGAACUUCAAAUCAGCCAUCAGCAUCUGGUCUUUCAUCAUCUAAUCACAUGUCAACUGGCGGUCCACAUUCGGAAACGAGUGGGGAUGUAUUCUACAAUACCACGACUGCGGUCACUGCUCAUAAUGAGGCUAUGUAUGGGGGUAGCUCAUAUAGCGAACUGCCGACUACAAUCCCCGAAUUGUAUAACCCAACACACUCUUCACAAAGCUCAGUCUCCAAUUCUCAUUCUCAACAACAACAGCACAGUACAGCAUCAUCUCCGACGAUGCGACCAACUUCAUCUCCCACUCAUACGUCAAACCAUGCGCCAAUCACACCUCCUCUGACUUCAGCAAAUACAAACCAUACUGCUAUUAUCAAUGCAGGCAGCAAUAAUAGUGGGGGAUUCUUUGCUGCACCUACAUCGUCUCUUGGAUAUACACCAUAUUACGCGCCAAAUUUCGUCAAGAACGAAGCAUAUCCACCGGCAAUGCCGGCUAAUCCCUUGUGUGUUCCGUAUUAUGCUCGAGAGGGAGAUUGGUAA